AUGGCCGAUCCGCGGCUGCACCCAUCGGGAUCCGCCCCGCGCCGCGACGAGCCCGCCACGGACGGCACCGGCCGCCGGCUCUACAACCCGUACCAGGACCUCAACAUCCCCUACAAGAACCUCUACGACCUGCCCACCUCCCCGGAGUUCCUCUUCCAGGAGGAGGCGCUCGUGCAGCGCCGCUCCUGGGGCGAGAACCUCACCUACUACACCGGCAUCGGCUACCUCUCCGGCGCCCUCGCCGGCGCCGCCCUCGGCCUCCGCGAGGCCGCCGCCGGCGCCGAGCCGGCCGACACCGCCAAGAUCCGCGCCAACCGCGUCCUCAACUCGUGCGGCGCCGCCGGCCGCCGCGUCGGCAACCGGCUCGGCGUCAUCGGCCUCCUCUACGCCGGGAUGGAGAGCGGCAUGGUCGCCGCGCGCGACGGCCAGGACGACUGGGUCAACAGCGUCGUCGCGGGCCUCGGCACCGGCGCGCUCUUCCGGGCCGCCAACGGGCCCCGCUCCGCCGCCGUCGCCGGCGCCGUCGGUGGGGUCCUCGCCGGCGCCGCCCUCGCCGCCAAGCAGGCCGCCAAGAGAUACCAGUUCGCCCUCUGAUCCCUCUACAACCACUUCGGUACUACAGUAUCACUUUCCUCUCCGCUGCUGCUGCUGCUGCUGUGAUCGAAUCAG